CAGGAUUCCUUUGUCAAAAUUGCAUUAUAUUGAUCCGAAAUCGUUGACUAACACAUGAAUCUUAACAAUGGGCGCUGGGGUCCCAGGAACGGAAGAGCUGCUGGCGGGCCAGAUCCUGCGGAGGGACCGGAGGUCUUAGUCAUCAACGAGCGGGAGUUGCGGGCCUUUAUUUUCCGGGUGUACUCAUCCUCCGUAGUGCUGUGUCUCCUUUCAGCCAUUCCGUGGAUCAUACUGUCGGCACUCGGCGUGAAAGUCUCCAAGGACAUUCCCGUGCCGUCCUUCGUGUGGCUCAUACUGGCUUUCAUCAUCGUCACGGUGCUCAGCUGCAUCCGACAGACUCCGGCACUGACGUUGCUCUGUUGGGGAUUGGUGCUGGGAUACUUGAUCUUUUUCACUCUGUUCGGAGCGUAUUUUAUGCAUCUAAUACCCGUCUGGGUCCUCUUGGUGUCCAUUCUGGUGGCCGGCUUCCUGCUGGCCCUGCUGCACUUCUACGGGGCCAAAGGUCCGGAGGUUCUGCUACCCAGCAUUAUAUGUACCUGCUGCAUUUUACUGCUGCUCUUCAUCACCAUGUUCGUGCUGGUCAUACUCUUCGCGGUCAUCAAGGACUUGCGGUACCUACUGGCCCUCAGCAUCGUGCUCGUCAUCAUGAUCCUGCUAAUGGCUCCCUUCCAGGCUCGCUUCAUCUGUGGAAGGCUGCAGCAGGUGCCCUAUGGGGAAACUGCGGAUUGCGCUUGUGGCAUUUACAUGCACUUCACUUUCCUGGUCAGCUGCUUGCUCGUCUUUGCCUACUACUAUAGGAAAGUUAAUGAUUGAAUCAGUGUGGCUACUGAUGUGCGAGUAAACUUAAAAUAUAUUAUUAGCGAC